AUGCGCAUUGGCGGCACGCCCGGCCUCUCGCUCGGUCUCAUGCACCAGGGAAACCAGGAGACCAUUCUCCCUGUUUGUUCCUUGACCAAGGCCGUUACUUCCGCUGCCGUGGGAAUUCUGGUCGAUGAGAAAAAGGCUGCCUGGGACACGCUGGUCAAGGAUGCUCUGCCUUCGCUUGACAUCAAGGACGAGACUCUUCAGAACCAGAUGACCAUCGCCGAUCUUCUCUGCCAUCGGUCAGGCAUGUCCUGGGGCGACAACCUCAUCAUUGGCACCGACAACAACAUCCUCAUCAGCGAAAAAGGCUCCAUGACAUAUCUCAACAGCCAGACGCGCCUCCUUCCCUUUCGUGGCCAAUUUGCGUACAACAAUCUAGCAUAUGAGCUUGCCGGCAAGGUCAUCGAGGCGCUCAGCAAGGAGUCCUACUUCGACUUUGUCCAGAGUCGGAUUCUCGACCCAUUGGGCAUGACGCGCACCUACCUCAAGACCCCGCCGCCCGACCUGGACAACGUCGGAAAGUGCUAUAAUGCUCCCGAUGACGGGACUUCUGCACCCAUUACUUGCGUCAAGGCCGGCGACGACUGGGUCGGAACCCCUCACGUGGGCAUGCGAACCUGUGUCAGCGAUCUCAUGAAGCUGUACAAAGCUUUCAUGAAAGGGUUCAACGAUCAGUUCUCCACAGGCAACACGUCCACCGAAGGGCUACCCUUGAAGCAGGUCACCCAGCUGAUGUCUGCCAAAAUGUUCAUGGAUCAGCCUUCAAGAACGAGGCGUCCUAUGGUUUCGGCUGGGGUCGCAUUCAACUUCCCGGGAGAAUGGGCCAAAUUGGGGAUAACGCCACGCCUGGUCAUUUUCCACCAGGGAAGUAUGCCCGGUGUCCUCUCCCUCAACAUGCUUCUUCCCGACACGGAAAGCGCUAUUGUCAUCUCGUCUAAUGCCCUGGCUCUUAACGACGUUCCGGAUUGGGUUGGGCAAAUGGUCCUGGAAGAGUUCCUCGAGGUCCCGGCGUCGGAGCACAAUGACUACCUCGCGGCGGCCAAGACUUCCGCGAAAAUGAGUCUCCAGUGGUAUCCUAAUCUGAUAAAGGAGCUUCAACAGGCUCAAAAGAAUGGGACAUGCCCACGGGAGCUCGACACGUACGCGGGAACAUACUGGGAUUCCCUCCACAUCUUCAAAAUUGUCGUCACUGUAGAGGACAAUCACCUCUACUGGGCUCUUCCGGGCCUUGAGUCGGAGAAGUUCCGUCUCACCCACUACGAGGACGACAUCUUUACCUGGCUCCAGCCACCCUGGUCCGGUCCCCUACUGCAACACAACCAGGGGGAAUGGGUGGUGCUUCACAUCGGCAAAUGCACGCAGAAGAAUCCGGGCUCCUGGCUCGGGAGUAACGCCAGGCGCGACGUCUACAAGGGCACCGACGAUGAAGGCCAGAGGUUUCCGAUGAGACAGCUCAGCUCGGGCGGGCUCUGGAAGGGUCUACCCACGGAGCUGCGGCUUUGCUUCGACGUCGACUGGGCGGUGGAAGCUAUUGCCAGAGAGCAUCCGCCGGGACGUCGAGUCGGGGCACUCUGA